CUCGGGGUGUGUCGGCCGCCGCUGCUGCUCCGGCCUGGUAUGUACAAAUGGCUGGUUAGAAUUCUCGGCACCAUUUUCCGUUUCUGUGACCGGCCGGUGCCCCCUGCCCGGGCCCUCCUGAAGAGGCGGCGCUCCAACAGCAGUCUGUUUUCCACAGAAGAGGACACUGAUGAAAUACCAGCCAAAAGACCAAGACUAGAUUGCUUCAUUCACCAAGUGAAAACCAGUCUCUACAAUGCUGCCAGCUUGUUUGGAUUCCCGCUGCAGCUGACCACAAAGCCCAUGGUGACGUCUGCUUGUAAUGGAACACGGAAUGUGGCCCCUUCCGGAGAGAUAUUUCCAAACUCUACACCUUGUGAACUAACAGACUCUGGGUCCUGGAACAACAUGCUGAAACUGGGUAAUAAGUCUCCCAAUGGCAUAAGUGACUAUCCAAAGAUCAGAGUGACAGUAACCCGGGACCAGCCACGCAGAGUCUUGCCUUCCUUUGGUUUUGCUUUGAACUCAGAAGGCUGUACCAGAAGACCAGGUGGCCGUCGCCAUAGCAGAGGCAGCCCAGAGAGUCCCCUGAUGCGGGAAGCUCAGGAACAGGCAGUAACUGAGGUGCUUUCUGAAGAGGGUGCCAAGGGCCCCAGGCGUCCCCAUUGCACGGUGGAAGAGGGUGUUCAGAACGAGGAGAGAGAGAAGUACCGGAGGUUACUAGAGAGACUCAAAGAAAAUGGGCAUGGAAACUCUGUCCCUUCUGGAGCUACAAACCAUCAUAGUUCUCAAAGAAGUCAGAUGGACACGUUCAAGACCAGAGGCUGGGGGGAAGAGCAGAAUCAUGGAGUCAAAACAACUCAGUUUGUUCCCAAACAGUAUCGAGUUAUUGAAACAAGGGGACCUCUAUGUUCAGUGCGAAGUGAAAAAAGAUGUUCAUGGGGGAAACUGUUGGAUUCUGAGAAGACAGUUGGAGUCAGAGUUGACAGUGAAGGUAGGAGGGGACAUCCGUUGGAGCCUGACCUGUCCGAAGAAGUGUCAGCCCGCCUCCGCCUGGGCAGUGGAAGCAAUGGCUUAUUCAGGAGGAAAAUGUCAGUAAUUGAGACAAAAGAAAAGAAUUACUCGGGCAAAGAGAGAGAGAGAAGGACUGACGAUCUUCUUGAACUGACAGAGGACAUGGAAAAGGAAGUCAGCACUGCAGUCGGCCAUGGCUCCCAGGACGAGGUCCUCAGCAGUGCGUUCAAACUGCGGAUUACUCGCGCGGACAUCCAGACCCUGAAGAACUACCACUGGCUCAACGAUGAAGUCAUUAAUUUUUACAUGAAUCUUCUGGUGGAACGAAACAAAAAGCAAGGCUAUCCAGCACUUCAUGCAUUUAGUACUUUCUUCUAUCCUAAAUUAAGGUCUGGGGGUUACCAAGCCGUGAAACGGUGGACCAAAGGGGUCAAUCUCUUUGAACAAGAGCUUGUUUUGGUGCCUAUUCAUCGGAAGGUACAUUGGAGUCUUGUGGUGAUAGACUUGAGAAAAAAGUGUCUCAAAUACCUGGAUUCUAUGGGGCAAAAGGGCCACCGGAUCUGUGAGCUUCUCCUUCAGUAUUUACAGGAUGAAAGCAAGACCAAAAGAAACAUCGAUCUGAACCUUUUAGAAUGGACCCAGUACACCCUGAAGCCACACGAGAUUCCUCAACAGUUGAAUGGGAGUGAUUGUGGAAUGUUUACUUGUAAAUAUGCAGAUUAUCUCUCUAGAGACAAACCUAUCACAUUUACUCAGCACCAGAUGCCUCUCUUCCGGAAGAAGAUGGUGUGGGAGAUCCUUCAUCAGCAGUUGCUGUGAGAGCGCCCUGCCUGUCCCUCUAGCUGCUGGCGGUCCCUUCCUGACGGUUCCAUAUACCUCAUGCAUUGUGGGUUAGAGAGGCCCUGCCCGCAGCGCCUCUUCUCUUCCAGGUACUGAGCUGGCAGACGGCAGUUCAGGCCUCUGGUGGCACCCAGUCCUGGCGUGGAGUGCGGACAGCUCCUUACAACCAACUCUGUUGGCAGGGGCUGCGCCAGGUCAGAGCCCUGAACUAUCCAACCCACAUAAGAACAAACGCUAAUUAAUAAUUUUUGGUGGGGGAAAGUUUUUUUCCCCUAUGAAUGUGGGAAAUAUAAGAUUUAGUCUGUGAAUUUUUUUCCUUUUUUUUUUUCUUUUUCCUGUGUGUGUUCAUGCAUAUUCAUAUCCUCCCUUAGUGGCAAACACGAAGAGCAGUGGCCAUUUCCCCUGCUCUUUUACAGUAGGCCCUAAAUUACUUGUUUGAACUAUUUAUUUCUGAAAGUUAAUCAGGCUGACACUCCCGCUGAAGCUCCUGAGAAGACUGCCGUGUAGGGAAGAAGGUCAUCAACAAUGUCUACCGUGGGAGCAGCCACUGCCGACCCUGACGCUCGACCGGAGAGCUUUUACUUUGUUUGUUUGUUUGUUUGUUUGUUUGUUUUGAGGCCUGAUGAGGCUGCCUGGCGGGGCCCUCAGAAGACACCCGCCACUUCCCGAGUUGGCAGAAACGUGACUUUCUGAGCAUCUCGGUCGCCCUAAUGAGACUGCCCUUCCUGGAAACGAGGGGACUCGGCUUGCUCCCCAAACUGGAUUGGAAGUUAAUAUAAACCCCACAUCUUCAUUUUCACUCCAGAUCUGGUUAGGCAUCCACCUCAGAAUUGGAAGGGCUGGCCUGAGCUGUUUAUUUUGAAAGAUAUUAUUCAAUAUAGAGCACUUUUCCUCCAAAUUUCUUUUCUGUGAAAGCCAAAAUGAACUUUUCUACUCCUCGGGAUGAACAUUCCUCCCACCCUACCCAAGCCCCCUGCAGUCUGUGGAAGAAAAUGUAAUAGUCGGCUCGGAGGCUGCCACUCACACAGCCAUCUGUUUUGCAGAUUAAAGUUUGUACUGAACUUUUUGUUCAUUAAAAACCCUACAGGUGGGGAUGGGCAUUUUUCACUGCAGAGAGUUUUAGAGUUGGUCAGGACAUACUUUGCAAGUUCUAGUGCCUAGUGUUGCUUUUUUGAUGUAAUAAAAGGUUGUCUGGCAGAACCUGAAA